AUGGAAAAGCCUUUGCUUUUGUAUAUAUUUUUAUUCUACUGGCAUUUCCUAAAUGCGUUAUUCACAGUUGAAGCUCCCCAGUCACUUUACACUGUGGAAUAUGGGAACAAUGUGACGAUGGAAUGCACAUUUCCAGUGAAUGGGAAAUUAAAAUUUAGAGAUUUAAGUGUCAGCUGGGAAAAGAAAGAUGACUUAAAGAAGCAGGUUUAUGUGCUUCUCAAAGGAGAGGAAGACUUCAAAAGUCAGCACAGUGACUUUAAGGGAAGAAUAAAAUUGUUGAAAGAGAAACUGAACUUGGGACAGUCUCUCCUUCAGAUCACCAAUGUGAAGCUCAGAGAUGCAGGGUUUUACCGCUGCCUUAUUGGCUAUGGGGGAGCUGACUACAAGACGGUCAAUCUGAAAGUUAAGGCUCCUUAUAGAACUAUAAGCCAAGGAGUGGUGAGCAUAGGAGACAACACAUGGAAAUUGACAUGUCAGUCAGAAGGAUACCCACGAGCUGAAGUGAUAUGGAGAAACAGAGAAUAUGAAGAUUUGACUGAUAAGGCAAACACAAGUUACGAAACUGGAAGUGACCAGCUGUAUCGUGUGACAAGUACCCUUACAAUCAAAAGUAGGAUUGAUGAGAAUUUUUACUGUAUAUUCUGGAAUAAAGAGCUUCAAGAGAAUACAUCAGCCAUUUUACACAUAGCAGAUUCAGCUGAUAGUGUUCACCGGACCGAGAGCAGACGCUUUGUCAGAGCAGUUCUCGUUAUGACUGCUAUCUUUGGAUCAGUGCUUCUGUUUAUGCUCUGCAUAAGGAAAGCUAGAGCAAGUAAGGACCACAGAACACCUGUGGCUAGUUCAUCAAUAGCAAGGCUGUCAAAAGAUAAGGAUACAUAUGGCUACAGAGAUGCUGCUUUGAAGAGGAUGAACUAA